CACAUAAGAGAAAUGCAAAUCUGGUUAACUUUAAGGAGAACUUUAGAUGAUUCCGAUAAACACUGCAUGGGAUGACUGCUAAAUUUAAAAAAGCCUAAAUUACCAUCUAGUACAUGACAUAGCAGCUCUGUUUAGCUUGAUGUUGCCAACACAAUGAAGAUGACGUAAUAUUCAUGUGUGGAUUUCACAAUGGAUUUAUUAUCACAGCCUCUCAGGCCAUGUUUGCCAGGCGUGACCGGGGCCAGUAGCAGCUAUCCAAACAGUUUAUAGUAGCUUCUGUUUUCUCUCUGCUUGUCACCUGCUUUGAGAAGAUGGAGUAAAAAGAAGGAGUGAUGAAACUCAGUUUGGAGAUUCUGCAAGAUGACAGUGCGUGAAGAUAAGAAGAAGUAGACAUUGUGCUUCAAGGCAGAAAGCGUAAACAGAGACCAAACAAAAUUAAGGGUUCUUGACCUGAUAUUUGAAGGACUCGGGCAUUAAUUGCUGUAGUGCAAAAGAAGAAUAAUUUCCUGGGAAAAAGUAAUUGAAUUAUUUAUGCGUGGAGAAGGCCAUAGUGAUGGGGAGGAGAGAUCAGUAAUUUAAGUUUACAGGAGUAAGUUAUAGAUACAGAAUUAACAGCAACGGCAAAACUUUCACAACACUCAUGACUAAAACUCCCCAAAAGAUUGAGAACAUUUGAACUGGAGGCCUUAAACUCUUACUGGACUAAAUGAACUGUAAGGAUGAGGACACUGGUUGGACCAGGGCUGCUGCUGUUUCUGUGGCAGAGUAUUUGGGCUUUGGACGUGCCUCUUGAAACCAGACAACCUCCAACCAUCAUAAAGCAGUCGUUACAGGAGCACAUUGUGGAUCCCAAAGAAACAAUGGUCAUGGAGUGUGAAGCCAAAGGCAACCCUCAUCCUAUUUUCUCAUGGAGGCGUAACGGGAAGUACUUCAAUGUGGCCCGUGACUCCCAGGUGUCAAUGCGCAGGCGCUCAGGGACUCUAGACAUCUAUGCCAAACACAAUCCUGAACAGUACGAAGCAGAGUAUCAGUGCGUUGCCUCCAAUCUGUAUGGGUCCGCAUACACACACAAGAUCAGACUACGGCUGUACAGACCUCCUGUGUGGCCACGGGAGAUUCUGGAGCCUGUUAUAAUCAGCGCUGGCCUUCCUCUGGUCCUGCCCUGCGACGCUCCACCAGGCCCCCCUAAACCUGAAACCUACUGGAUGUCCAGCUGUUCGUAUGCAAGACCUUUCAACUGGCCUGUUCAGACAGCUUUUCCCACCAUGCAGGCUGUGCGGCAGGAUCGCAGAGUUUCCAUGGGGGUCAAUGGAGAUUUGUAUUUCUCUAAUGUGCUGGUUAAUGACUCCACCACUGAUUACUGCUGUAGCGCUCGAUUUCCUUAUAAGAAUAUGAUUCAGCAAAAGAUGCCUGUGGUUGUGAAGGUGCUUACAACUCGAACAGUGGCCGAGGCCGCCCCCACCUGGCUGUCUCCCAAAGGCUCAUCCAGCUCCAUUCUUGUGCUUCAAGGGGAAGAGCUGCUUCUCGAGUGCAUAGCUGGAGGGAUGCCGACUCCUCGCAUCACCUGGACUAAGGACGGCGAGGACCUGCCAGUGACAUCAAGUAUGAAAGUGAAAAACUUCAACAAAAUGAUUCAAAUUCCAAAGGCGUCUUUUGAAGAUGCUGGAGAGUACAUGUGUGCAGCUACCAACAGGAUCGGGUAUAUUGAGCACACAAUAACAGUCAGGGUCAGAGCGGCUCCAUUCUGGUUGGAAAGGCCUACAAAUUUGAUCUUGGCUCCUGAGGAAAACGGACAGCUGGUGUGCCGCUCUGAUGGGGCUCCUCGACCGACAAUAAGCUGGUCCAUAAACGGGGAACCAAUUGAGACGUCUACACCACAGUCUAACAGGCAGGUGUCUGGAGAAACGAUAACCUUUCGCAGUGUGUCCACAGAAAACACUGCUGUCUAUCAGUGCAAUGCCUCCAAUGAGCAUGGGUACCUACUGGCCAAUGCAUUUGUCAAUGUGCUACAUGCAACGCCUCGUAUUAUUGGGCCCAGGAAUGAGCUCAUAAAGACGAUAGAGGGACAUCGUGCCUUUUUAGACUGUCGCUUCUUUGGCUCUCCCGUUCCUGAACUGCGAUGGUCCAGAUACGGACAAGGAAAUCUUGAGGGAAAUCGUUUCAGGAUCCAUAGGAACGGGACCCUGGAGAUCAAACGCAUCCAGAUAGAAGACCAGGGUACCUAUCUGUGUGUGAUCAGCAACAUUGCAGGGAGAGAUGAGAAUCAAGUCCGAGUAGAGGUCAAAGAGCCCAUAAUAAUUGUGACCAAACCACAGAGUAUGAAAGUCCUGCGUGGAAGUGAUGUGCGCCUGGAGUGUGGCGUAAAACCAGACACCGCUGCAUCAAUCACAACAGCAUGGAUGAAAAACAAAAAGCAAGCUGCUCUCAGUUGGAGAGUCUCUAUGGAUGGAUCAAAUCUGGUCAUUACUAAUGUAAAUAGAGGUGAUGAAGGGAAUUACACAUGUGUCAUCCAAAAUGACCUGGAACAGAAGUCUGCAUCAGCACACCUAAUGGUGAUGGACCGACCAAGUCCUCCGACUGACUUGGAACUGUCAGAUCCAUAUGAGCGCAGUGUGCGACUCAGUUGGGUUCCUGGAGACAGCAACCACAGCCCCAUUAAUGAGUAUUUAGUGCAAUAUGAUGAUGAUGACUGGAUACCAGGGAAGUGGAAAAACCUAUCAACAUACCCAGGAAGUCUCAACUCUGUCAUGCUGCAUCUGUCACCUUUCACCUACUAUGAGUUCAGGGUUAUUGCUAACAAUGAAAUUGGAUCGAGUCGUCCCAGUCGGCCAUCUAAGCGCUUCCAGACCAGCGGCGCACCUCCCGAUGUCAUUCCAAAGAAUCUGAAAGGGGUGGGUACAUGGAGAAAUAACAUGGAAAUCAGCUGGGAGCCUCUGACAUGGCGAGAGUGGAAUGGACCACACUUGAAGUAUCUGGUUUGGUGGAGAAGAAGAGAUUCCAGAGAGGAGUGGAAAAAUGCAACUACAAAGUGGCUGAAGUAUUACAUAUAUGACGCAGACACAUUCACCCCCUACGAGAUCAAAGUCCAGGCAGUCAAUGACUUUGGGCUUGGACCUGAGUCGCCCGUGGUCACUGGUUACUCUGGUGAAGACCGUCCGAUAGCGGCCCCCCUGAACUUGAGAGUGUCUGACAUCGAGAGCACUCAGGUUACAUUACAUUGGGACCCAGUGACACGUGAAUCUAUUAUGGGAGAACUCAAGGAAUACAAGGUCUACUACUGGAGAGACAGCAGCCAGCUGAGGUGGCACAGGGUCAACAGAGGCAUGAGGUCGAAAGUGUUUCCAAACAGCGAUCCAGAACCUUCAGGCGUUGUCACUGACCUCAUUCCUUAUAGCAAUUACAAGAUGUACAUAGUAGUGACAAACAGCCGGUAUGAAGGACCGCCAAGUAAUCACAUCCACUUCUCCACACCGGAAGGAGUACCAUCUGCUCCAAAAUCCUUCAGGAUCCAACAGCGACAUCUGGACAGCAUUUAUGUUGACUGGGACCUACCAGAAGAGCCUAAUGGUGUUAUCACUGGUUACAGCCUGAAAUACCAGACAGUGAAUGCAAGCAGAGGAGAAGAGCUGAAAGUGGAGGAGUUCCCACCAAAUGUGACAAGCUUCUCUAUUCGGCGAUACGACCGCUACACUCGCUACAGAUUCUCUGUGGCUGCACACACUCGGGUCGGGCUGGGAGAAUGGCAUACGGAGGAGUCUCCCCACUACACCACAGAGAUAUAUGCUCAGGACCAGGUGGACAUUUCCACUCAGGGGUGGUUUAUUGGCAUCAUGUGUGCUGUGGCUCUCAUCGUCCUCAUCCUCCUCAUAGUGUGUUUCAUCAAGAGGAGCCGAGGAGGAAAAUAUCCAGUGCGCAACAAAAAAGACAUUUCAUUGGAACUGGUGGAUGAUAAAGAUCAGGAGGGAACAUUUGAUUACAGGUCCCUUGAAAGGAUAGCACGUGUCUCAACUUUGCCCUAUCCUCGGCGAGAGGAGGAAAGAGGGCUCCAGAGAGCUCAGCCAUCUGUGGCGGCGAUACUGAAGAGAUCAGACAGUGAUGACAGCCUGGUUGAAUAUGGAGAAGGAGGAGAAAUCCAGUUCAAUGAGGACGGAUCGUUCAUCGGCCAGUAUACAGGAACAAGGAGAGAUGUCAGGGACUUGGACUUUGGUGGAAAUCUAGAGCUCCACUCUCCGAUGAAUACCAUCUACUCUCUGGCAUGAGACUAAAACCUCAAGGACCAAUUCUUGCUACGGCUGUUUUCCCUGGAACUUCACUGUGUUUGUACCUUCUUGGAAGCAUACAGAGGAAGUGAGGAUUUGAGUCCUUUUGACGAGGAAACAGCUGGAAAUAGAGCUGCUAUUAAACCUUUAUUAUUUUACAAGCCUCAACUUUCAUUUAUAUGGAGGAGGGAAACAUGCAGAGGUUGGGAUCCUCUUGACAUAUGUGUGUUUUUAGACAUUAUCUGUUAAAACAGAAGAUUUUCCUUUCAUGUUGUGUGUAUAUAUAGAACAUAUCUUUACAAAAACUGAAGUAGUGUGAGAGAUUGAGAAGGAGCUUUUUAUUUUGUCUGUGAAAACUUUUGCAAGGACCAACUUACCCUCUCUAACUGCAUCUUUUUCUGUUUGUUAACUCCAACUGUAAGGUUUGUGUUAAUUAUGAGUGGAACACAUUCUGAAGGUUUUUUCCUCAACUUUGGUUCAAAUUUUAUAAUGGUCAGCUUUUUAGAUUUAUAAAUUUAAACAAAAAAGCUGACCUUAUGCUUUCCUCGUUGAGGAAAACAAUUUAAACAGAACAAUUUAAAAUAGCUUCUGAAGUGCUCUUCUAAUUUGAUGCAUUCUCUGCCGUAACAGUGUUUCUUUGACGUUUAACAUCAGCUGUGUAUGAAGCAAAAAAUGAAUAAAAAAGUGUUUAUAAAUA